ACGAACGUCACGCGUCCCUAUAUGUCAGGUAGCGAUACGGACCCCGGUCUACCAUUUCUCUAUACCUAUGGGGCUCCUACGGCCGCGCUGGCUCCGCUAUUAAACUACCACCGGAACCCAGGCAAAACACCAGGUAGUAGGGUGCUUGUUUUUCAAUCAGCAGGCCAGGUCGCUAUUGAUUUAGAUCAAGAUGGCGGGCAUCAAAGCAUCAUAGCUUUGUCGUUUAGCGGGGCUAUCGGUAUUCUCUUGGUUGUCCUAGGCUGCGCCUUGAAAGAUUAUGGAGUAUGGUGGCCAAUGUUUGUAUUGCUUUUUUAUGUCCUUGCUCCUGUCCCCACUGUUGUUGCAAAAAGACUUUCUGAAGACUUCUCAUCAAGUGGCUCUAAUGUUGUGAAGGAAGUCUCCAUGUUUAUCACCUCUGGCAUAGUCAUAUCAGCUUUUGGUCUGCCAAUAGUUCUGGCUAGAUGUGGAAUUGUUCAUUGGGGAGCUGUUGGCCUUGUAAUGUCUGGGAAUGUGUUUAUUUUCUUCACCAUCUUGGCUUAUUUCUUGAUAUUUUCUGUGGAGGAUGACUGGGGAUUUUAAUAUUCAUUCAACAAAAUCGACAAUGUAUAUAAGAUGUAACCUUGCUUUUUACUGAGCAAAAGUUGUUAUUUUUAGUCAGCUUUAAGUUUCCAUGCUACAGAGUAAUCCAAGCAGGAUAUGAUGGGUGUCCUAGUUCUAGAGAUAAUUUGAAGUUACUAGAUAAAAUGUAUGGGAUAGAGUGUUCUUGGCUAUAAAAAUAUAGAAAAAUAAAAAAGUUUGUAAUGUUAA